CCCGCGCGCCCCGGGCCGCCCUCCAGGGCCGGGAGCGGCGCCCGGCGGCCGCCCCUGCAGGCCUUGCCUCUGCCGGACCUUCAGAGGCCCCUCCGACCUGAAAGCACGCCUGCGGACGCCAUGCGGGGGGCUCUGACGCCCCUGUCUUCGCUGCCACCGCCACCUCUGCUGCUGCUGCUGCUGGUGCUGGGGUGUGGGCCGCGGGCGGCCGCUGGCGGCGGGGCCGGCGGGGCAGCAGGCUACGCGCCAGUGCAGUACGUGCAGCCCAUGCACAAGGGACCCGUGGGGCCACCCUUCCGUGAGGGCAAGGGCCAGUACCUGGAAAUGCCUCUACCGCUGCUGCCGAUGGACCUGAAAGGAGAGCCUGGCCCCCCUGGGAAACCCGGGCCUCGGGGGCCCCCCGGCCCUCCUGGCUUCCCAGGAAAACCAGGCACUGGAAAGCCUGGGCUACAUGGGCAGCCUGGCCCCGCCGGGCCCCCUGGCUUUUCUCGGAUGGGCAAAGCUGGUCCCCCAGGGCUCCCAGGCAAGAUUGGACCACCAGGGCAGCCGGGGCUUCGGGGGGAGCCAGGAAUACGAGGGGACCAAGGCCUCCGGGGGCCCCCAGGACCCCCUGGCCUUCCUGGGCCCUCAGGCAUUGCUGUCCCUGGAAAACCAGGUCCCCAGGGGGUGCCAGGGCCCCCGGGAUUUGGGGGAGAGCCGGGGCCCCAGGGGGAGCCUGGGCCCCCAGGUGAUCGAGGCCUCAAGGGGGAUAAUGGAGUGGGCCAGCCAGGGCUGCCUGGGGCCCCGGGGCAGGGAGGUGCCCCCGGACCCCCUGGUCUCCCGGGUCCAGCUGGCUUGGGCAAACCAGGUUUGGAUGGGCUUCCUGGUAUCCCUGGAGAUAAGGGUGACUCUGGGCCUCCUGGGGUGCCAGGACCCAGGGGGGAGCCAGGGGCUUUGGGCCCAAAAGGGCCCCCUGGAGUGGAUGGUGUGGGGGUACCAGGCAUAGCAGGGGUGCCAGGGCCACAGGGCCCAGCAGGGGCCAAAGGGGAACCAGGAACCCGGGGCCCCCCUGGCCUGAUAGGCCCCAUUGGCUAUGGGAUGCCAGGACUGCCAGGCCCCAAGGGGGACAGGGGCCCAGCUGGGGUCCCUGGGCUCUUAGGGGACAGGGGUGAGCCGGGUGAGGAUGGGGAACCAGGGGAGCAGGGCCCACAGGGCCUUGGGGGCCCUCCUGGACUUCCAGGGUCUGCAGGGCUCCCUGGCAGACGUGGGGCACCUGGGCCUAAAGGGGAGGCAGGGCCUGCAGGACCCCCGGGAAUGCCUGGCAUUCGGGGUGACCAAGGGCCUAGUGGCCUGGCUGGGAAACCUGGGCUCCCAGGAGAGAGGGGGCUUCCUGGGGCCCAUGGACCCCCUGGACCAACUGGGCCCAAGGGUGAGCCGGGUUUCACAGGCCGCCCUGGGGGACCAGGGGUGGCAGGAGCCCUGGGGCAGAAGGGUGACUUGGGGCUCCCUGGGCAGCCUGGCCUGAGAGGCCCCUCAGGAAUCCCAGGACUCCAGGGCCCAGCUGGCCCUAUCGGGCCCCAGGGUCUGCCAGGCUUGAAGGGGGAACCAGGCCUGCCAGGGCCCCCUGGAGAGGGGAAAGUGGGAGAACCCGGCAUGGCUGGGCCUACGGGGCCCCCUGGCAUCCCCGGUUCCCCAGGACUCACAGGCCCUCCUGGGCCUCCCGGGCCUCCUGGCCCCCCUGGCGCCCCUGGGGCCUUCGAUGAGACUGGCAUCGCCGGCCUGCACCUGCCCAAUGGUGGCGUGGAGGGUGCCGUGCUGGGCAAGGGGGGCAAGCCACAGUUUGGGCUGGGCGAGCUAUCGGCCCACGCCACGCCUGCCUUCACCGCUGUGCUCACCUCACCCUUUCCCGCUUCGGGCAUGCCUGUGAAAUUUGACCGGACUCUCUACAACGGCCACAGUGGCUACAACCCAGCCACUGGCAUCUUCACCUGCCCUGUGGGCGGCGUCUACUACUUUGCCUACCACGUGCACGUCAAGGGCACCAACGUGUGGGUGGCCUUGUACAAGAACAACGUGCCAGCCACCUACACCUACGACGAGUACAAGAAGGGCUACCUGGACCAGGCGUCUGGCGGGGCCGUGCUCCAGCUGCGGCCCAACGACCAGGUCUGGGUGCAGAUGCCCUCGGACCAGGCCAACGGCCUCUACUCCACCGAGUACAUCCACUCCUCCUUUUCAGGAUUCUUGCUCUGCCCCACAUAACCCACGGGGGGCCCUGCUGCCCUGGCCUCCUCCUCUUUAGUGGUAGAGAGACCUUCUCAGUUACAAAGAACCUCCAUUUAGAGAAAAAACCAAAGGCUGAACAGAGGCAGGAACAGAGGUGGCUGUGGCCUUGGCCCGAGGAGACUGACUUGGUUUCUCCCUCCACGCAGGCUGAGGUUGUUUCUGGAAGAGGCUGGCCUGAGUUCCUCUCCCCUAAGUGUCUAUGCAAUGUUGGGGUUGUGCCCCCAUUGCAGGCAGGGCCCCAGGACACUUGGCCCAGCCAUUGCAGACCCCUGCCCCCUUGUGAGUCCUGGCCUCUGCUGGGCGGUGAAGGAUGCUGCUUCUCUGAGUCGGAGCUGAGAGGGACUGAGUUCCCCCUUCUGGGAGACAUAUUCCCAAGCCCUGCCCUUCCUGCUGGCCCCCAGAUGGCACCUGCUCAAGGAACAGGGCAUGACCACCCUCAGUUCUUGGCUGGGGCUCUUCCAGCUCCCCUGGGACCUCCAGCAUACGAGGUGGGUCCCCUGAAGAGUUUUCGUUUUCCUCCAGGGGAAAGGGAGAGGAGGGGGAUCCACCAAGGUGGCCAGUGUGGACACCCUGCCAGGACUGCCACUCCAGGGGUGAUGCUGUGGCAUCAGGUCUGUCCCUGGCGGGCACAGGUGCGUGGCCCCCUCUGCAGGCUCCAGCUGCAGCCAUGGGGUAAGGUGGUUUGUGAGGGGUAGGAGCAGGGAUCUGGGGCAGGAUGGCAGUUCUUCACAUUCAUCUCCAUCUUCCCAGGCUGCCCUCACCAACUCUGGCUCUGUUCAGCGUAAGGGCAGCCGCGCAGGCCCCUAGGGACUGCCACAGGCAGGCACGAGGCAGGAUGGACAACCAGUGAACACGGGAUUCCUCCCUUUCUCUCCCUUCACCUGCUUGGGGGAUGGCUGCCUCAUACAAAAUCGUAAGGGAUCCUUGCCACCCGCAACACACAUCCCCAAGGCAGGGAGCCGCUUGUUUGACCCUCAGAACAAGGUGCACACAAGCUCGGGGAUGAAGAAGGCCCCUGCCUGCUUUUCCUUAAUAAGAACCACGUGGUGGGUAUGUGUGUCUACUAGAGGGGUUAAUCUGUGGGGGCUUCCUCGCCUUCCACCCUCUGGUUCCGAUUUCCUGUAGGAUUAAGGCCCAGGAGGCUGAGGCUCUGAGAAGAAGGGUGCCAACAGGCCCCUUUGGAAUGAGUUGGCUCUGGAAGUUUCUGCUAUUUUCCCCAGUCAGAGCUCCGCUGCAGGAAACAGGCAGGACCCCACUCACAUCCCCUCAGCCAC